CUAUAAUCUGUAAUGGUUCAGUCCACACAGAUAUAUAAGUGACCGCAGCGCUCUGCUGUAGAGCAGAUGUGUCUCUGGCAGGCUCUGAAAGUUUAGAUUCAAUACAGCGCAGCAUUUAUUGUCAUAAUGUUGCAACUAAAAGCGAAUGAAGAUGAACUCAUAGAAAAAGAGAAAUACUCAAAGUUUUCUCUUGGCUCAGCUCUGUCUUCAUUUACCAAAUCAUACCCCGACAGCGCUCUGACCCGCAUCGGGACCAUCUUCAAAUCCAGAAGGAAAAAGCUAGGCAUCACCUCAGACGAUCCCACCUAUACCGUCUUAUAUUUGGGCAAUUCGACCACCAUUCAGUCGAAAGGAGAGGGAUGUACGGACGUGGCCAUCAGGAAGAUCUGGAAUAAGAGCGAGAUGGGCAGACACGGCACUAAAAUGCGCCUGACCAUGGGCGCUGAGGGAAUGCGCUUGAUCCACUCCGACGUGAAGUCCAGAAAACCAGGACAUCUGUAUUUACUUCACCGAAUCACAUACUGCGUGGCCGAUCCGAGGCUUCCCAAAAUCUUUGCCUGGAUUUACCGACACGAGAUCAAGCACAAAGCGGUGAUGCUGAGAUGUCACGCGGUCCUCGUCUCCAAACCCGAGAAGGCGAAGGCGAUGGCGCUCCUGCUGUACCAGACCUCCAGCUCGGCUCUGAGCGAGUUUCAGAGACUCAAACGAAGAGAAGACGCCAAACAUCAGCAACAGAUCCUCAAAGGACAGCAAACAGUUCCUCUCGUGCCCAAGAGGAAGAUGGUGAACGUGUACAAACCUCCGGUGGAGCGCAGCCGAAGCGCUCCUAAACUCCACUCCAUCGUUGAGGAUCUGGUCGGGGAGGGAGAGGAGGAGAGGGCCAUGCUGUUUGAUGAGUUUCUAGACGACGACUGUUUCGAGGACAGCAAAGAGGAAUUGUGUGCCAUCAUCAGUGAACUGGGAGAGUUGUGCAUUGGAAAUGAUGUGAAGUCUUUGAAGUCUGACGCGCAGGUGACUCGUCUGCUGUGUGGUGAGAGCACGAGCAGUGAAUCAUCCAUUGACGGUAAUAUUGAGUUGAGCUCCGGAACCGAUUCCGAUGAGUUCACAGAUGAUAACCAUCCAGAAACGACAUACAGCUGAUAAGACGUCAACUCUCUCUUCUUUUACAUUCCAGUACUGUAGCUGUUGGCUGGUUUUUUAAAGAGCUUCAUUGCACUUGAACUGGACUGGAGUGUUAAGUUAAAUGUGUGAAGCAUUAGAUUGAUCUUGGCAUGUGUUGAUCUUGUAGGUAAUGUUCAAAUGCACUGUAAAAUAUAUCUUUGCUAUGCAAAUGUUUCAAAUCUGUAAAUAUUCUCUUUUCCGUGUAUAUGCUGUAUUACUUACAGUAGCUUUGUGGUAAAUGUCGUCGAGUGUUAUUUGUCAAUAAACAGAAAGCAAGGCGACAUAUUCUUGUAUGUUUUUUUCAUGAAAUAAUGGAACAGUCUUGUUAAAAUUGAAAAAUUCAAUGAUUUUCGGAUUUUCGGUUUUAUGGCAAAAUGUGGUGGCAGUUUUACUAAAACAGACCAAGAGGAAAGUGGAUUGCAGU